CGCCCCCACCGUUCCCUCCCGCCUGGGGGUCGACGUCGCGUUGGACCCGGAAGUGGCUUUGGGUCACGAGGCUCAGCGGAGGCGGUGUGGGCUAAGCUGGUGGCCCCGGCUUUAGACUGGACCCCACAAUGUUUGCAGAGAUGUUCAGGCACGCGGGAGCUGAUUACACACAAUGAAUGGGGGCAAUGAGAGCAGUGGAGCAGACAGAGCUGGGGGCCCUGUGGCCACAUCUGUCCCCAUCGGCUGGCAGCGCUGUGUGCGAGAGGGGGCUGUGCUCUAUAUCAGCCCAAGUGGCACAGAGCUGUCUUCCUUGGAGCAAACCCGGAGCUACCUCCUCAGCGAUGGGACCUGCAAGUGCGGUCUGGAGUGUCCACUUAAUGUCCCCAAGGUUUUCAACUUUGACCCUUUGGCCCCGGUGACCCUGGGUGGGGCUGGGGUGGGGCCAGCAUCAGAGGAGGACAUGACCAAGCUGUGCAACCACCGGCGGAAAGCUGUUGCCAUGGCAACUCUGUACCGCAGCAUGGAGACCACCUGCUCACACUCUUCUCCUGGAGAGGGAGCGAGCCCCCAAAUGUUCCACACUGUGUCCCCAGGGCCCCCCUCUGCCCGCCCUCCCUGUCGAGUUCCUCCCACAACCCCUCUUAAUGGGGGUCCCGGCUCCCUCCCUGCAGAACUGCCCCCAGUUCCCCAGGCCUUCCCCACUCUAGCAGGCCCUGGGGGGCUCUUCCCACCGAGGCUUCCUGACCCAGUGCCCAGCGGGGGCAGCAGCAGCCCCUGCUUCCUCCCUAGGGGCAACGCCCCUUCUCCAGCCCCACCUCCUCCACCUGCUAUCAGCCUCAAUGCCCCCUCGUACAGCUGGGGAACUGCCCUCAGACCCAGCCUGGUGCCCUCUGACCUGGGCUCUCCUCCGGCCCCCCAUGCCUCCUCCUCCCCACCCUCAGACCCUCCUCUCUUCCGCUGUAGUGAUGCCUUAACACCCCCUCCCCUGCCCCCGAGCAAUAAUCUCCAGGGCCGAAGGCCCCGUGCCCAGGCGCCCUCAGCCUCCCCAUCCUCGUCCCUUCGCCCCUCUCAGCGGCGUCCCCGCCGACCCCCAACUGUACUACGACUGCUGGAAGGGGGAGGCCCUCAGACCCCUCGACGGAGCCGUCCUCGGGCCCCUGUUCCUGUCCCCCAACCCUUUCCUCUCCCGGAGCCAUCCCAGCCCAUUCUCCCUUCUGUGCUGUCCCUGCUGGGACUCCCCACCCCUGGCCCUUCCCACUCUGAUGGAAGCUUUAACCUUUUGGGGUCAGACGCACACCUUCCUCCUCCCUCAGCCCUCUCCUCAGGGAGCCCCCCCCACCCCAGGCACCCCAUCCAGCCCUCCCUGCCUGGGACCACCAGUGGCAGCCUCAGCAGUGUGCCAGGUGCCCCUGCCCCACCAGCUGCCUCCAAAGCCCCCGUAGUCCCCAGCCCUGUGCUUCAAAGCCCAUCCGAUGGCCUGGGGAUGGGGGUGGGCCCAGCCUGCCCUCUGCCUCCCCUGGCAGGUGGAGAGGCUUUCCCCUUCCCCAGCCCUGAGCAGGGCCUGGCGCUGAGUGGAGCUGGCUUCCCUGGGAUGCUGGGGGCCUUGCCUCUCCCUCUGAGUCUGGGGCAGCCUCCACCUUCUCCACUGCUCAGUCACAGUUUGUUUGGCGUGCUGGCUGCAGGAGGAGGACAGCCUCCUCCCGAGCCCCUGCUGCCUCCACCAGGUGGACCCGGCCCUCCCCUGGCCCCAGGCGAGCCCGAAGGGCCUUCGCUUUUGGUGGCUUCCUUGCUUCCACCACCUCCCUCCGACCUCCUGCCGCCCCCUUCCGCGCCCCCUAGCAACCUCCUUGCCUCUUUCCUGCCCCUGUUGGCCCUGGGUCCCACAGCUGGGGAUGGGGAGGGAUCUGCAGAGGGAGCCGGGGGUUCAAGUGGGGAGCCAUUUUCAGGUUUGGGAGACCUGCCCCCCCUCCUCUUCCCCCCCCUUUCAGCCCCCCCUACCCUCAUAGCUUUAAAUUCUGCGCUGCUGGCUGCCAGCCUGGAUCCCCCCUCGGGGACGCCCCCCCAGCCCUGUGUCCUGAGUGCCCCCCAACCUGGACCACCUACCUCCAGUGUCACCACGGCAACUACUGACCCCGGGGCCUCCUCUCUGGGCAAGGCCCCCUCCAACUCAGGGAGACCCCCCCAACUCCUUAGCCCUCUGCUGAGUGCCAGCCUGCUGGGUGACCUGUCUUCGCUGACCAGCAGCCCUGGAACCCUCCCCAGCCUGUUGCAGCCUCCUGGCCCUCUUCUCUCUGGCCAGUUGGGGCUGCAGCUCCUCCCUGGGGGCGCGGCUCCUCCCCCCCUCUCAGAGGCUUCUAGUCCCCUAGCCUGCCUGCUACAGAGUCUCCAGAUCCCUCCAGAGCAGCCAGAAGCCCCCUGUCUGCCCCCCGAGGGCCCCACCUCAGCUCUCGAACCGGAGCCUGCCGGGCCUCCCCUCAGUGCCUUAGCCCCACCCCAUGGUUCCCCCGACCCCCCAGUCCCUGAGCUGCUCACUGGGAGGGGGUCAGGGAAACGGGGCCGGAGGGGAGGAGGGGGACUUAGGGGCAUUAACGGUGAGGCCAGGCCAGGCCGGGGCCGAAAGCCUGGCAGCCGGCGGGAGCCUGGCCGAUUGGCCCUCAAAUGGGGGACACGUGGUGGCUUCAAUGGACAAAUGGAACGGUCCCCAAGAAGGACCCACCACUGGCAGCAUAAUGGGGAGCUGGCGGAAGGGGGUGCUGAGCCCAAGGAUCCACCCCUUCCAGGGCCCCACUCUGAGGACCUUAAGGUGCCCCCAGGGGUAGUCAGAAAGUCCCGUCGUGGCCGGAGGAGAAAAUACAACCCUACCCGGAACAGCAAUAGCUCUCGUCAGGACGUCACCUUGGAACCCAGCCCUGCAACCCGAGCGGCUGUCCCUCUGCCUCCCCGGGCCCGCCCUGGCCGUCCUGCCAAAAACAAGAGGAGGAAACUGGCCCCGUAGCAGCCAUACCUGGAGCUGGAUCUGACCCUGACUGGGGAGAGCUGAGUGCUGAGCCCUGGGAGCCCCUGCCAGCCACCUGCACCUGUGGACAGUGGGUGGGGCACUACUCCCCACUCAGAGCACAAAUGCAACCCCUUCCCCUACAAUCCCAUCCUGAGCCAUCGCAGGGGGUAGGGAAGUUCACCCCCUCCCCCCCAAAGCCAUGUCACUGAAAAGGCCUGGGGGGGUGGUAUAUGGCCCUCUCCCCAACAGGCGCUAAGGGGAACACCCCCUUCCCCAGGUCUUUUAUUUGUUUAAGUUAUUUUUGCACAAGUGAUUCUUUUAUAUUUAAUUCGACUUCAUUGCCUCCCUUCUUAAAGCCAGCAGGCUCAGUUUACAAACCUGUGAGCUACUGUUGGCUGCCGCCCUCCUUCCCAGUGAAAGGUACAAAGCAAUAAGCAUCAUGCAUCCUCCCCUCGCCCUCCAACACCCUCUGCCUCUGGCUCAGGUUGCUCAAAGCACAGAUCCCCUCGCACCCCGGCCCCAGGUCUGAAACACAUAGCCUCAUUUCAAGGUGUAGCCAGGUUCCCUCCACUUUCCUCUGGGAUAUGAAAAGGGGUUAAGGGGGCAAAGAGCGCCUCGGGCCUCUCCUCCCACACACACUACACUGCCCCUUCUCCCCCAUCAAAACGCUCAGAGACGUUGUGAUGAUGCGACUGAGGAUUAUGCAACGUGGUCCAGCCGGAGCGGCCAGCAUGACCAGCUGUCCAGGGGCUGCCUCCUGCCUUUUCUUUUGUAAAGACAAGACCCUUGGGAGUUUUAAUUCUGUUUUGUACUUGCCCUGUGGGGCCUCCACUGCUUUUCUAUGGGAGACACUCUUAAUUUAACAGAUGAGAAUAUUUUGAAACUCUG